AGAGAAAAGGAGAAAAGGAGGGGCUAUCACAACCGAGUUACCAUCUUGGACAAUCCAAAAUGGGCCGGAUCGCAACCAAUGCCUCGAAAAUAUGCAUGUUGGUCUUCUUGUUCUUGACCACAUUUGCCGUCGAAGCGAAUGGCCCACUCAAGAUCAUCCGUGAAAGGCGCCAUGGAGCUGUGGUGAGGAGAUCAAGCAAUCGAGUUAGAAUCUCUCAUGGGAAGCGAAAUGGGGCGCAUUCUGCCAGAUGGAAACGCCCAUCGAAAGAAUUCGAUGUGGCGGCCUAUGGGGCCGUAGCCGACGGUGCAACUGAUAGUGCUCAGGCUAUGAUGAAUGCUUGGAAGGCGGCGUGUGCAUGGCCGGGAAAGAGAGUAGCAAAGAUCGUCAUCCCACAAGGGACAUUCCUGAUGGGCCCAGCUGCAUUGAUAGGCCCAUGUAGGGCCCCAGUGGAAGUUCAAAUCCAAGGAGUAGUGAAGGCUACAGUCGAUGUGGACCAAUACAAAGAUGGUGUUUGGAUCCAUUUCCAACACAUCCAUGGACUGAAGGUGUCGGGAGGCGGGACUUUCGAUGGCCAAGGAGCUUCGGCCUGGCCACAAAAUCAAUGCUCCUACAAUGCAUAUUGCAAGCUUUUGCCGACGUCAGUCAAGCUCAGCUAUGUCACAGGCGCAAAUAUCCGUCGCAUAUCAUCGAUCAACCCAAAGUUCUACCACUUUGUAGUUUUCCAAUCUACCAACAUCAAGCUCCAAGCCUUGAAGAUAAUUUCACCAAAAGAGAGCCCAAACACAGAUGGAAUCCACAUAGGGGACUCAAAUGGCGUCAAGAUCUCCAAAACCAUAAUAGGAACUGGUGACGAUUGCAUCUCCAUUGGGGAGGGUAGUUACAAUGUAACAGUGUUGGGUGUCACAUGUGGGCCGGGCCAUGGUAUUAGUGUUGGUAGCCUUGGAAAAUAUCAGAAUGAAGAUGAUGUUAUCGGAGUGAGAGUGAAAAACUGCACCCUCACAGGAACCACCAAUGGCCUAAGGAUCAAAACAUGGCCAGAUUCACCUCCAAGUAGUGCUUCAAAAUUUCUGUUUGAGAAUAUAGUCAUGAAUAAUGUGUACAAUCCUAUCAUCAUAGACCAAGAGUACUGCCCAACAGAAUCUUGCAGCCCCAAGCCACCGUCCCGUGUUCGGGUUAGCCAAGUUAUUUUCAAGAACAUCAAGGGAACGUCGGCAUCACAGGUCGCAGUCAAGCUCUUGUGCAGCAAAGGCGUGCCAUGCCAGAAUGUACACCUCACAGACAUCUUCUUAAAGUAUACAGGACCAGGAGCAGCUCUAUCUACUUGUUCUAAUGUUAUAGGCACUUCUUCCGGCAUACAAAUCCCAUCCUCAUGCGUCUGAUUGUUUUGAUUUUUACUAUUUUACUAUUGUUGUACGCUAUCAUAGUAGAAAAACCAAUGUCUUUAAGGAUCUGGUCAGCAUGCAAAACUUCCCAAACUACAAUUUUGUAUAAUUAAAAAAUAACAAUUCUCAUUUAACAAUUUAUUUAUUUUUCAGUUUUUAUCUUAUUGUUUUAUUGAUUAUUUGGCUACCCUACCUUAUAUCACAAAUUUAUUAAGUUUUAGCAUUGUGAAUGUUUGAGUUUGUAGAUUUUCUGCAGCCCAUCAGACUAUUAUUGACACUGUACAUAUUCAUUUAUUGGAUCAUAUUAAGAAUUUUUGGAUGUUUAAGUUUA